AACUAAACCAUGACACAACAGUUCGUUGCAAAAGCAUCGAUUGAAUCACCUUCAGGGGAAAAACAAACAGAAGCCACCGUUAAAGAUGCCGGGAACAAACCAAAUGAUCAUUAUAAAUCAAGGUUAUCUCCAUUGAGGUAUAAAAUACGUUCUAAAUGUUUACCAAUUGUUCGUAAAGAAACAGAAAUAUUAUAUUCAUUACAAACCAAAUUACGUAACCCAAUACUUGAUUUUUAUUUUGCUUGGACUGCCAACUUAGCCAGUCACACUUUCUAUGUAUUAAUGUUACCAUUGCCAAUUUGGUUUGGUGCAGGGAAAUUAUCAAGAGAUUUAAUUUAUGUAUUGGGAUUUGGAAUAUAUAUUACUGGAUUUUUAAAAGAUUACUUAUGUUUACCAAGACCAAGAAGUCCACCAUUGCACCGUAUUACCAUGUCGAGUUAUACUGCACAAGAAUACGGAUGGCCAUCAAGUCAUAGUGCCAAUGCAACUGCAGUUACUCUUAUAUUAUUUUUUGAAUUAUAUAAUAAACGUCAAGAAUUAACUCAAUUGGAAAAUAUAUCAUAUAAUGGGGGGUUAAUAAUAUAUUAUGUUUCAUUAAUCUUUGGUAGAUUAUAUUGUGGGAUGCAUGGAUUUUUUGAUAUUUUCACCGGAUCAAUAAUUGGAAUAGUGGUAUUUUUGGUAAGAUUUAAAUUUGGAUUAGUAUUUGAUGAAUGGUUAUUGAAUUCAAGUCGUAAUGAUUCAAUAAUUGGAUGUUUGGUCACUUUAUCAAUGAUAACAAUUGGAUAUUUAUCAAUGAUUCAUUAUCAUAGUGAACCAGUUGAUGAUUGUCCAUGUUUUGAUGAUUCAGUGGCAUUUAUCGGGGUAUUGUUAGGAAUUGAUAUUUGUAAUUGGACCAAAUGUUUUAGUAAUGGAGGUUCCGUAGAAGAAUUGAUUAGUAUUCCAUAUAAACAAGAUUUUGGAAUCUUUAAAUCUUUAAUUAGAGUAUUAAUUGGAAUUGUAUUAGUUGUUGUAUGGAAAGCAGUGUCAAAACCAAUUAUCUUCACUAUAUUACCACCAAUAUAUAAAAAUAUUGGAAUUUAUUUGCCUAGAAAAAAUUAUACCAGUACCGCAUUUAGUGAAAAGACAACCAGACAAAUUAGAUCACAAUCGUUAUCAAAUAUGAACCAUGAAUCGAUUGGAGGGGAAAUCAACAACUUGAUAAGAGACGUCAUUGAUCACGAUAAAAAAGAUGAAGUUGGUCCAGAAAACGAUAUUGACAUAUAUGAAAUGUUAGACUACCAACAAUCAAAUUUGAAAAAUCGUAAUCCUCCCAAGGAACAAACAAAAGAAAAGGAAGAACCAAAAGUCAGUGGAGUUUUUAAACCCAGAUUCGACGUCGAAACUAUCGGUAGAGUGCUAGUCUACGCUGGCGUGUCCACGGCUGCCUAUUGCGGGUUUGACAUUGUCACUUACAAUUUGGGACUCGGUGCUUGAUUCCAUGCGUGGUUCGAUGUAUGGAACCCUCAUCUCCUCCCCACAAAAAACAACAAGAAAGCGAACAAAAAAAAAAAAAAAAAAAAGAACAAAUGGC